GGGAGCCGCCGCGCGGCCGCUUCCGCGGGCCCCGGCGCCGGAAGCGGAGAUGCGUCAGAGGGACGGGCGGCGCCGGCGGGUCGCGUUGGGGGUUCCUCCGGUGGACGGUCGUGACGCCGGGCGGGGAGGCCGCGCCUGCCAGGGUCGUCGGGGGCCCGCGGAGAGCUGGGGCCAGGGCGGCGGCGGCCUGGGACGCAGGCGGAACCCCGCGCCGGCCCGAGGUCCCGGCUAUGGCUGCGGCUACCAUCGUGCACGACACGUCCGAGGCGGUGGAGCUGUGCCCUCCCUACGGCCUGUACCUGAAGCCCAUCACGAAGAUGACCAUCAGCGUGGCGCUGCCGCAGCUGAAGCAGCCGGGCAAGUCCAUCUCCAACUGGGAGGUGAUGGAGCGCUUGAAGGGCAUGGUGCACAACCACCAGUUCUCCACGCUGCGCAUCUCCAAGAGCACCAUGGACUUCAUCCGCUUCGAGGGCGAGGUGGAGAACAAGAGCCUGGUCAGGUCCUUCCUGGCCUGCCUGGACGGCAAGACCAUCAAGCUCAGCGGCUUCUCCGACAUCCUCAAGGUGCGCGCCGCCGAGUUCAAGAUCGACUUCCCCACCCGCCACGACUGGGACUCCUUCUUCCGGGACGCCAAGGACAUGAACGAGACGCUGCCGGGCGAACGGCCCGACACCAUCCACCUGGAGGGUCUGCCCUGCAAGUGGUUCGCCCUGAAGGAGUCGGGCUCCGAGAAGCCCAGCGAGGAGGUGCUGGUGCGGGUGUUUGAGCGCUUCGGGGAGAUCCGCAACGUGGACAUCCCCAUGCUGGACCCCUACCGCGAGGAGAUGACGGGCCGCAACUUCCACACCUUCAGCUUUGGGGGCCACCUGAACUUCGAGGCCUACGUGCAGUACCGCGAGUACGCGGGCUUCAUCCAGGCCAUGAGCGCCCUGCGCGGCAUGAAGCUCAUGUAUAAGGGCGAGGACGGCAAGGCCGUGGCCUGCAACAUCAAGGUUUCUUUCGAUUCCACCAAACACCUGAGCGACGCCUCCAUCAAGAAGCGGCAGCUCGAGCGGCAGAAACUUCAGGAGCUGGAGCAGCAACGAGAGGCGCAGAAGCGCCGGGAGAAGGAGGCGGAGGAGAGGCAGAGGGCCGAGGAGAGGAAGCAGAAGGCGCUGGAGGAGCAGGAGCGCGCGAGGAAGCGGGAGGAGAAGCUGCGCAGGCGCCAGCAGAGGCAGAGGGCCCGCGAGCUCCGCCGCAGCCAGAAGCAGCUGGAGAGGCUGCAGGCGGAGGGCCAGCGGGAGCUGCAGGAGCGGGUCCGGCUGGAGGAGCGCAAGCUGCUGCUGGCCCAGCGCAACCUGCAGUCCAUCCGGCUCCUCGCCGCGCUGCUGGGCCGCGCCAAGGCCGCGAAGCUGCGGGAGCGCGAGCUGCAGGAGGAGACGCUGCGGCUGCAGCAGCAGGAGGAGCGCCGCCGGCUGCAGGAGGCGGAGCUGCGGCGAGUGGAGGCGGAGAAGGAGCGCGCGCUGGGCCUGCAGCGCCGGGAGCGCGAGCUGCGCGAGCGCCUGCUCAGCAUCCUGCUCAGCAAGAAGGCCGACGGGCCCCGCCCCGCCGCGCGCCUGCGCGCCUCGCACGCGCACCUGCUGCAGCCGGUGCUGGACAUCCUGCACACCGUGUCGGCCGGCUGCGCGGGCGCCGCCCUGCCCGCGCCCGGCGCCCCCCGCGAGGCCCCGCCCCGGCCGCCGCCCGCCGGUCCCCCGCACAACGUGAACGGGCGCGCCGCGGAGGAGGCCCUGAGCAAGGAGGGGCAGAAUCCUCGCCGGCUCGCCCCCGAUGACGGUCCCUCCGAGAAGAGGUGCCCCGGCGUCCUCGCCUGCAUCCCCGACAACAACCAGCAGCCCAAGGCCGCGCCCGCCGCCUGCGACCCGAGCGCGCCCAGGAAGGACGCGCGCUCCGAGCAAGACAAGUGCAACCGUGAGCCCAGCAGGGGCCGCGGCCGGGCCAGCGGGGACCGGGGCAGCGACGACAGGCCCAAGCGGGAGCGCAGCCGGCCGCGGCGGGCGGGCAGCCGGGAGGACGCGAGGCCGCACAAGGAGCGGCGGCCGCACAGGAAGCGCUCGCACCAGGACGGUAGCCCCCGCCGGCGCAGCACCAGCCCCGAGCGCGAGCGCGAGCGCGGCCGGUCGCGGAGGUCCCACAGCAGAGACCGGCACGGCCGGCGGGAGAGGAGCCGGGACCGGGACCGCAGGGGCAGCUCGGGCAGGAAGCGCAGCCGGCACCGACGCAGCGAGAGGUCGCGCUCGGGCUCCCCCAGCCGGCACCGCAGCACCUGGAACAGGUAAUGCACGGAGGGCCCAGGCAGCCGUCCCGGAGGGCCAGGACCGGGCAGCGCACGUCCCGCUGCUGCUUGCAGCACCCCCCCCCCGCCCCCCCGCCCCCGCACACCCAG